AUGUAUUCCCCGAAGCAGCCUUCGUGGAUGCAUGGGCUGGAUGAGGCCAUUGGCUAUAUUUCCAGAGCACAGUUGAUCCUGCGGCAGGGAAUUCCAAAGAUUGAUGUGGCUUUUAUCAACAAAGACUCUGCCACCGAUCCUAAUUGGGCUACGAAAUACAGCCAGAAUGACCUUCUCGAUGCUGCAAUUAUCGUCACACAGGAUGCGAACAUAACCGUUUCUGCCAUCCGCAAGUUGAAGCACUACGCAGAAAAAGGAUUGCCCAUCAUUCUUUCCGGCCGUAGCGCACAGUAUUAUCCAAUCUCCAAUGAUGGGGGAGUCGAGGCGUUCAGGAAAGGCGUUCAGGAACUGAGCCAAGCAAGAAAUGUCCGGAUCUCAGGAAGUGGCGAUAUUGCGAAAACACUCAUCUCGCAUGGUGUCUCUCCUCGGAUCAAAGUUCAGACAAACGGUACUUGGUAUACGACUUGGCGUGAGGACAAUGAAGCCGAAGUGGACUACGCGUUCAUCUUAAGCGACGGAAGUGAUUCUCAAGGCAAAAUCAGAGUCGAAACCGACAAGAUCCCUUAUUUCUUCAAUGCCUGGACCGGAGAACGCCAACCAGUAUUUCAAUACAAGCGCCGAGCUGGUAGCAUCUUCAUUCCCCUGACGCUGAAAGCCAACUCAACCGCGAUACUGGCAUUUAGCGCCCAACCUUUGGACGGUAUGUACACACCCUCCGUUCAUGUCGAGUCUGGUCCCAGCUCAGUUCUUGGCUACCACCUUGACCACAAAGGCGGAGCCGUUGCACAGCUGGCCCACACUGUUCAAAAGGCUGCUCAAGAGUUUGUACUGUCCGACAACUCAACCAAAGUUGUUCCAAGCACAUCAGCUAUCCCAACCUCAUUCCCAAUUCGAAACUGGACGCUCACCGCAGAGCACUGGGAAGCUCCCAAGAACAUGCAAGAUGCCUCUACGAUAGCCUUAACUCGAAACACGACGCACCAUCUCUCUUCUCUCCUUUCUUGGACAGAGAUCCCCACCCUCGUUAACGCCUCUGGAAUCGGGUACUACAGUUCCCAAUUCGCUUGGCACACCGACUACAAGAAUCAAACUGGAGCUUACAUUACGUUCUCUCGUAUCCUCCACGCUGUUCAAGUCUUCGUGAACGGGGAAAAGGUCGGCCCUAUCGACCCAAACACGGGAACUGCGGAUAUCGGAGCCUAUCUGCGGGAUGGCGAGAAUGAGCUGCUUGUUGUUGUUCCAACCACAAUGUGGAACUAUCUAAGGAGCAUCUUCUCAAAGAUCACUGAGUCAGGCGUGCCUCCGUUCUUGAGUCGCUUGGCUGCCACGACGGGCUUACCCAACAUUCUCCCUAUUGGGUUGGUGGGUGAAGUUCACAUUUUGCCAUACCUUUCAUUUGCACUUGGCAAUUGA